AAAUAAAAAAUAAAAUAAAUAAUCUUGUAAAUAAAAUAAAAAUAACAGGCACAGGGAGAACAUGCAAACUCCAGGCAGGUGGUGCCAUGGUUGGGAUUCAAAUGACUCUAGUACUGCCAGACAGAAGUGCUAACCAGGGGCAGACUGACCAUUUGGAAACUCGGGCACUGCCCGAGGGCCCAGGGUCAGUAGGGGGCCCAAUGAGAUGCCCCUGGUACCUUUUUCAUAGGCUUUUUUGAGUUUGGGCAAGGACACAGGGGCCCCAUGAUCCCCUAUUGCACGGGGGCCCCAUGAGUUGUCAGUCCGCCCUG